ACCUUUUAUGAUGGAAAACAACAGAAAUGUAGAUUUAGAGAAGCAGAUUUUUCCAGAAGCACUUCCUGCGCUCAUCCAAUACAUCUCAUCAAAGGAAGUGGAUAGCUUUGAUGGCUUUUAACUAAAUAAAAUCUUGAACAAUCAGCUUCAACCAAGUGAUUCUCAAACUUUUAGUUCAUCAGCUAUGGGAAGUGAUACUGCAGCCUUUGAGAACCAAACUGAUGAAUCUCAAUCCAUCCACCUUCAAAGGAAGCAUUCUGUUUCCAUCAGCUUGCCAACUUCUCCCAUAGCAGAAAGCUCAAAGAAGGCAAAAAAGGUCCUUUUCAAAGAAGAUGGCGAAAAAACCUUUGUUUAUGGAAAUCCAGAUUCUUCUGCUGCAUCUAAAAUUGUCGAUACACCACCUAAGCAAGUUAAAUUCCACUCUCAACCAAUGGCUAAGGGAACUGCUGCAUUUGAGGUUGCACUUGACUUUCCAAACCAUCCUAAUAACCAUCCCAGCUUGAAAAAGUUAAAGGAUAAAACAUAUGAUUCUUUCAAAACAUGGUCUGGGAAACUUGGGAGGCAGACAACAAAUUUACGUGUGAGGCCGCGAGAAGAUUCAACAGAGAAGACUGCUGGCCCAAAAGCAGAGAAAGAUGCUUUACCUGUAGACCGAUACUUUGACGCGUUGGAAGGGCCUGAGUUGGAAACUCUUAGGCCUUCGGAACAAAUAGUGCUACCAGAUGAUAAUACAUGGCCAUUUCUUCUCCGUUUUCCCAUCUCUUCGUUCGGUAUCUGCCUUGGGGUUAGCAGCCAAACAAUAAUGUAAACCCUGGCCACCUCUGCCUCCACAAAAUUUCUCCACAUAAGCAUCGACGUAAAUCUUGUCCUCUGGUGCAUCGCUGUUGCUCUUGUAGUCAUCAUUGGUUCCAUAUACCUUCUGAAAAUGAUUCUCUACUUUGAAGCAGUUCGUCGUGAGUACUACCACCCAAUCCGAGUGAACUUCUUUUUUGCACCAUGGAUAGCUCUGCUAUUCUUGGCUAUUGGAAUGCCUCCUUCCCUUGCCGAAGACCUGCAUGCAGCGCUUUGGUAUGUUCUCAUGACUCCAUUCCUCAUUUUGGAGCUUAAAAUAUAUGGACAGUGGAUGUUGUUAGGAUAUUGCCAUUUAAUGUCAGGAGGACAGAGAAGGCUUUCGAAGGUGGCAAAUCCUACAAACCAUCUGUCGAUUGUUGGGAACUUUGUGGGGGCACUGUUGGGUGCAUCGAUGGGAUUAAAAGAAGGGCCUAUAUUCUUCUUUGCAGUCGGUUUGGCUCACUAUACAGUCCUAUUUGUAACUUUGUACCAGAGACUUCCGACAAAUGAGACAAUCCCCGAGGAGCUCCAUCCAGUUUUCUUUCUGUUUGUUGCAGCUCCAAGUGUUGCUUCUAUGGCAUGGGCAAAUAUUCAAGGUUCAUUUGAUCAUGGAUCACGGAUUCCUUACUUCAUUGCCCUGUUCCUUUAUUUAUCAUUGGCAGUCCGUGUUAAUUUUUUCCGAGGAUUCAAGUUUUCAUUGUCAUGGUGGGCAUACACUUUCCCGAUGACCGGCGCUGCCAUUGCGACCAUCAGGUACUCGAAUGAAGUCACGAAUGUAGUCACCCAAGUUCUUGCCGUCAUAUUCUCUACUGUUUCCACACUCACUGUAUCGGCUCUCCUUGUAUCGACAAUAGUGCACGCAUUCGUACUCCAGGACCUCUUCCCUAAUGACAUUGCCAUCGCUAUCAGCAACAGGAAACCAAGACAGCAUCACCAAAGGAAGUGGUUCCAUCUAAGACGUGGAAGCUCGGUUGAAAAAGAGAUUGAACAUUACUUAAAGUUCACAAACUCAGAUGGUAAGGAUAUAGAAUCUUCUCUAGACCCCACCACUUCUAGCUCAGAUAGUAGUCAUUGAGUUUAGGUAAGUUUAUGUAAUGCCCAUCACAGUGAGGCUUAUGUUUCGCUUCCUUAGCAGGUCCUUUGCCAUUUUCUGAAUCUUCAGCCUAGUCAUGUAAGAAACUCAUAAUCUAGCAGUUAUGACAGUUUCAAUGAGCAUGAUCAAUCAGAGAGGAAAUGAAGAUUUAUGCAGUAA